UCAGAUUCGUCCUUGUCGAAGAUGAGCCCCUGCUCCGAGGCGGGGAAACCCUGUAACCCGUGUCUGGACGCGGCGAAGGCGUGCAACCUCAACGAGACGUGCAAACGCCUUCGCUCCGCCUACAACUCCAUCUGCAGCAAGGCCACGCCCCCUCAGCCCGCGCUGGCCAAUCAGGAGCCCUGCAGCAGGAAGAGGUGUCAGAAGGCUCUGCGUCAGUUCUUCGAGCGGGUCUCAUGGGAGCUGAGUUACCCCCUGCUGUUCUGCUCCUGCCCCGACCAGGCGUGUGCCGAGCGCCGCCGCCGCACCAUCGUCCCCUCCUGCUCCCACCAGGAGAGGCACAGACCCAGCUGCCUGGAGCUCCGACGCAUCUGCCGCUCCGACGCCCUCUGCAGGUCUCGGCUCGCUGAUUUCCACAUGAACUGUCAGAUGACUCCUCACACCGUCACCAGCUGCCCUCACGACAACUACCACGGCUGCCUCAUGUCCUACGUCGGCCUCAUCGGUUCAGAUGUAACGCCCAACUACAGUGACAGCAGUCCGUCCAACAUCACUCUGAGCCUGUGGUGCAGCUGCAGGAGCACCGGCAGUCACGAGAGGGAGUGUGACGCUUUCCACCGAGACUUCACACACAACAGCUGCCUCAAAAACGCCAUCCAGUCGUUUGGUUACGGCUCAGAAGACGGAGCUCUGCUUGUCACCGAGCCGUCAGCCACCUUCUUCCCCCCCGUCGUCCAGCCGCCGAUCAUCUCCAAGCCCGCCCCCUCUCUCCACGGCAACGCCAUCAAACCCUUAGACAGCGCCUGCAUGUUCUCCACCUGCGCCAACCUGCAGAGUCGUGCUGUUAACACCGUGUUUGACCUCCUGCUGCGUCUCCAGACCAUCAGAUACUCCGCUAGCUUUGAUCCUCCAGCUGUCACAGAGGAUUUCAGCCUUUUCCUGGCAUUGUUUCACAAGAUGGAGCCACACAUGGACACACUGUUUAACCAGCUGCAGGAGAGGAACAUCCACUCUGUCUGCAGCAUCCACAGGGAGCUGAUGCAAUCAUUGACUCUGUCCAAUCAGAGGCAGCUGAGCAACCCUCCUCCACAUCCUCAGCCAGCAGCUGUGUGA